AUGGUAAAUUUGGAUGACUACAGCAAGGUGCUGAAUGUGGAUAAGGCGAAGAAGACGCUUCUUGUGGAAGGUGGCAUAAGACUGCGCCAGCUCAAUGCCGAGGCCAACCGUCGUGGCUUGACCAUGCCGAAUCUCGGGAGUAUCGAUGAGCAGAGUAUAGUUGGAGCUAUUGCGACGGCGACGCAUGGAAGCUCACUCAGGCACGGCCUGCUCAGUGAUUCGGUCAGGAGUUUGAGAAUCGUGCUGGCAAAUGGGGAGGCGGUAAGAUGUUCCAAGGAUCAGAAUGAGGAACUUUUCCGUGCUGCGCUGGUAUCCUUGGGCGCGUUGGGAAUCAUAGUGGAAGUGGAGUUUGAAAUGGUCGAUGCUUGCAACAUCGAGUGGGAGCAGUCCUUGCUACCGCUCAGUGAGAUACUGGCAACGUGGGACAACACCCUGUGGACCCAGAAGGAAUUCACGAGGGUCUGGUGGAUGCCAUAUAUGAAGCGUGCUAUCAAAUGGUCCGCCGAGAAGACCAGUAAGCCUCUCAAGCCGGCAACAGAAUCCUGGUACGGCGGCUCAGUAGGGUUUCACACCUACCAUAACCUCCUAUGGCUGUCAAACUACAUACCUUGGAUCCUGCCCGGCAUUGAAUGGUUCGUGUUUGGCAUGCAGUACGGCUUUUCUCCUGGGACCACAACCACUGCGGUCGAGGAGCUCCGCACGGGAUUGCUGAUGAAUUGUCUCUAUUCUCAAUUCGUUAAUGAGUGGGCGAUACCUCUGAGCAAGGGUCCUGAAGCCAUCACUCGUCUUUCGGCCUGGUUGAAUGGCGAGACCGGCGGUGGUGGCAUUCCUUUCAGUAGCAAGGGCCUCUAUGUUCACUGCCCGAUUGAAGUCCGCGUUUCAGACACGUCCAAGCGAGAGGGACCGCGGCCGCUCCUUGACAAUACGAAUGAGAAUGGGCCAACCCUUUAUCUCAACGCCACUCUAUAUCGCGCAUAUCUCCGCGACCCACCUUGUCACAAGCGCUAUUAUGAAGCAUUCGAGUGGCUGAUGCGCGAUCUGGGUGGUAAGCCACACUAUGCGAAAAAUUUCGUGGUCACGUCCAUCGGGGACUUUUUGGGUGAUAACUUUACUCAGUGGCUGCAGAUCCGUAACAAAGCCGAUCCUGAAGGCAUGUUCCUAGGCGAAUGGCAUCGCCGCUCGCUGGGACUAGAAGAAGGCCGCYUUUCGCUGGAAGAGAAGGAAAUUUCACGCACCAAAGCCGGUAAUGGUGGGCAAGUCUGGGUCGGCGAAGUCCAGAGCAGACCGGUCAGCGAGCACAAGCCAGCGUCACCGGGCGCGAGCUCCAGCGCGAGCAGCUUCGACAUGAUGCAUGCUUCCGAAGCUGAGAGAAGUACUUUCUUGAAUGGCUCCGAGUUUGUGUACGACAUUGAUGACGAAGACGAUGGAGGAGAGACCGACAAGGAAGAUCAAAGAUAUCAUGGCCAUCCGAAGACGAGGAUGACGGGAACGGAGGUUUUCGAUAAAAUGUAG